AUGCACGCGAAAGCCGGCCCGCCGCCGCCCUCGGCUCCUCAACAGUUUGGUCACGGUGCUCCGAACGGCUAUACCUUCCAGUAUUCCAACUGCACGGGAAAGAGAAAGGCGUUGCUGAUUGGCAUCAACUACUUUGGCACAAAGGCCGAGCUCAAGGGGUGCAUCAACGACGUCCACAACGUGUCGGCGUUCUUGGUGGAGCGAUAUGGCUACAAGCGCGAGGACAUGGUCAUUCUGACAGACGACCAGACGGAUCCCGUCAUGCGCCCGACCAAGGCCAACAUUAUACGUGCUUUCGGCUGGCUUGUCAGCGGCGCGCAGCCCAAUGACUCCCUGUUCCUCCACUAUUCCGGCCACGGCGGUCAGGUGAAGGAUAAUGACAGUGACGAGGACGACGGCUACGACGAAUGCAUCUACCCAGUCGACUUUGAGCAGGCUGGAUACAUUACCGACGAUGAGAUUCACUUUCACGUCGUCAAGCCUCUGCAGCAGGGAGUCCGUCUCACGGCCAUUUUCGAUUCAUGUCACUCUGCAACCGUCAUGGAUCUGCCCUACGUCUACUCCACCAAGGGUGUCCUCAAGGAGCCCAACUUGGCCAAGGAAGCUGGCCAGGGUCUCUUGGGUGCAAUCUCCUCCUAUGCCUCGGGCAACAUGGCUGGUGUCGCGAGCAGCAUCAUGGGCUUUGCCAAGCAGGCGCUGAAUGGCGACGGGGCCUACAAGAAGACUAUGGCUACACGCACGUCACCAGCGGACGUCAUUAUGUUUUCCGGCAGCAAGGAUGAUCAAACAUCCGCCGAUGCCACGAUAGGAACCCAGGCUACCGGUGCCAUGUCGUGGGCCUUCAUUUCUGCCCUGAAGAAGAACCCCAAGCAGAGCUACGUGGAGCUGCUCAACAGCAUCCGGGAGAUCCUCGAGACCAAGUACACCCAGAAGCCGCAGCUGUCUUGCAGUCACCCUCUAGACGCUGCCCUCGCCAACCAUGUUAGAGCCCCCCCAGCAAGAAAAACGUAG